AUGAUGUCUCUCAGGUCCGCGCAGCCCGCUCAGGCGCUUUUGCGCGCUGCCUCUUCCACUGGUCCUCGCUCCUACGUGGCAGCACGGUCCAUGGCCACCGUCCAGUCCGACAUCUUCAAGCCCACCAAGUACGGUGGAAAGUAUACGGUUACUUUGAUCCCAGGUGACGGUAUCGGUGCUGAGGUUGCCGAGUCAGUCAAGACCAUCUUCAAGGCGGAAAACGUCCCUAUCGAAUGGGAGCAGGUCGACGUGACCGGUGUGGACACUGGAAGCAAACACUCCGAGGAGCUUUUCAGAGAAUCAAUCGCAUCCCUGCGACGCAACAAGCUCGGUCUCAAGGGUAUCCUGCACACUCCCGUUGAGCGCUCGGGACACCAGUCUUUCAACGUCGCGUUGCGCCAGGAACUCGACAUCUACGCGUCCGUUGUGCUCAUUAAGAACAUCCCUGGUUACCAGACCCGCCAUGAGAAUGUUGACCUUUGCAUCAUCCGUGAAAACACCGAGGGUGAAUACUCUGGCCUUGAACACCAGUCCGUCCAGGGCGUCGUCGAAUCCUUGAAGAUCAUCACUCGCGCCAAGUCGGAACGCAUUGCCAAGUUCGCCUUUGGCUUUGCCCUGGCCAACAACCGCAAGAAGGUUACCUGUAUCCACAAGGCAAACAUCAUGAAGCUUGCCGACGGUCUGUUCCGCAACACAUUCAAAAAGGUCGCUGAAAACUACCCGACAUUGGAGACGAACGAUAUGAUUGUCGACAACGCCUCCAUGCAGGCCGUCUCUCGCCCACAGCAGUUUGACGUCAUGGUCAUGCCCAACUUGUACGGUGGUAUUCUCUCCAACAUUGGCGCUGCUCUCGUUGGCGGCCCUGGUAUUGUCCCCGGUUGCAACAUGGGCCGUGAUGUCGCCGUCUUCGAGCCCGGAUGCCGUCACGUCGGUCUUGACAUCAAGGGCAAGGACCAGGCAAACCCCACCGCUUUGAUUCUGUCGGGCUCGAUGCUCCUCCGCCAUCUUGGCCUCGACGAGCACGCUAACCGCAUCUCCAAGGCUGUCUACGAUGUUAUUGGUGAAGGUAAAAUAAGGACCCGUGAUAUGGGCGGCCUGGCUACGACUCAUGAAUUCACGCGCGCUGUGUUGGACAAGAUGGAGUAA